AGGGAGAGGGAGACAACUUCACUUGCGUGUGUGAAGACGAACGAAGAAAGGAGUGGAGCAGUUUCACUCAUUCAUGGCGCUAAAUACAGUUUCUUCUGCACAGGCUUUCCUUUCCCGGGCCAGACCUUCCACAGCCGUUGCCAAUGAACGGCCCUUCCUCGCUACUUUCUUCUUGCCCACAGUGGAGAGGAGCUGCUGCGCUCCAAAGCUGGCAGCUUUGAGAUGGACUGGGGCUGCUUCUCCUCGCACCCUGAGGAGCUCUCCCGGCAGAGUUUCCAUCACCUGCUCUGCUUCUGGGUCCAGUGUCCCGUCGGCUCUGCUCUUUGACUGCGACGGCGUGCUCGUCGACACCGAGAAGGACGGCCACCGGAUUUCCUUCAAUGACACCUUCCAAGAAAGAGAACUGGGUGUCACCUGGGAUGUGGAUUUGUAUGGAGAGUUGCUCAAAAUUGGAGGUGGAAAGGAAAGGAUGACAGCUUACUUCAAUAAAGUGGGGUGGCCUGAGAAAGCUCCAAAGAGCGAAGAAGAGAGGAAAGAGUUCAUAGCUUCCCUCCACAAGCGUAAGACGGAGUUGUUCAUGGCCCUUAUUGAGAAGAAAUUGCUCCCUCUUCGACCGGGCAUUGCAAAGCUAAUCGAUCAGGCUCUUGGAAAGGGAGUUAAAGUUGCUGUUUGUAGCACUUCCAAUGAGAAGGCGGUCUCUGCAAUAGUAUCGUUCUUGCUGGGUCCUGAAAGAGCAGAAAAGAUCAAGAUCUUCGCAGGAGAUGUGGUCCCUCGUAAAAAGCCCGACCCCGCCAUCUAUACACUAGCUGCCACGACUCUCGGAGUUGAUCCUUCGAGAUGUGUUGUGGUAGAGGAUAGCGCGAUAGGCCUCGCAGCAGCUAAGGCUGCUGGAAUGAAGUGCAUAGUGACAAAAAGCGGGUACACAGCUGAAGAAGACUUUGAGAAUGCUGAUGCAGUCUUUGAUUGCAUCGGAGAUCCACCAGAGGAAAGAUUCGACUUGACCUUCUGUGGCACUCUUCUUGAGAAGCAGUAUGUCAGCUAAAAGAAAGACAGCACAGCCGGCCCACAAAUUGGCCAGAAUUCAUCCUUUAGUGACCUUCAUGUGAUUAUUAUUGUUGUUGUCGAGUUAUAUCCCGUGAACAUCUUCGAAGCCUCUAAUAAGAAAGUGAGCACUAAUGAGGCCA